UCAUCAUUGGAGGAAGCAUGGCAGUGCCACCAGCAGCGGCUGAGAUUGACGUUGAAACACCACUUAAUCUGGUCGGAAUUCUAAGUGUUGUCGCUUCUUUCCCCAUGACAGUAUUUAUAAUUUACAUCAUAAGGACUUGUUAUGAAAAAGCCAGGAGACAGCUCCGACAUCCGACUCAAGACAUUGAGGCCGGCCGUCAAUCCAUGCGGCAACCGGCAGGGACCGUUGUAAUAUACAAGAAGAACAAUAUCAUUAGCACGCAAGAAACAACAGCCAAAGAAGAAGAGAGUGGAAGCAAGGAUUGUGCAAUAUGCCUGGAAGAACUGAAAGAAGGGGAUCGUUGCAGGAUGUUAAGCAAAUGCCGACAUGUUUACCAUCUUUCUUGCAUCGAUCGAUGGUUGCUUAAGCACUCCCAUUGCCCGCUUUGUCGUGCUUCUAUCUACGCUUCCUGAUCUAACUGCUUUUCUUUGCAUUACAAUUGUUUCAUAGUUUAAUAUUCUUUUAUAUUCGUAUAUAACAUUUUAUCUGUUCUUCAACAUUCAUCAAUGGCUGUGGUUUGUUAGUUUGAUCUUUUUUUUUUGUUCUCUCUAGCCCUCCCUUUCAAGUGUUUCGCAAUAAAAAAAAACAAUGAACAUGACAUGAUAUGUUUAAACUUGGUUACAUGAGAUGUUUGAUGCACAUUUUGUAAUAGAUUUUCAUACUUCUUAUAAUUUGUGGUUUUU